GAGAAGAGCCACUCCUCCCAUCCUGCGUUCGCUAACUUUACUGCUGCUUUAAUCCAUUCAUUCCUCGCUUGAUCUCCUUCUGGUGCUCGCUGCUCCUUCUCCUCCCAGAAUCGUGAAGAUGGCCAGCGUCCAUCCAUUCCGCAAGGCCCAAAGAGCACGAGGUCCGGCCACCAUCAUGGCCAUCGGGACGGCCAAUCCUCCCAACCUCUACGAGCAGAGCACUUUCCCCGACUUCUACUUUCGGGUCACCAACUCCGACCACAUGCCGGAACUCAAGGAAAAGUUCCGCCGCAUCUGUGGGAAGACCAUGAUCAAGAAGCGGUACAUGCACCUCACGGAGGAGGUCCUCAAGGAUAAACCAGGGAUGUGCUCCUACAUGGACCCGUCUCUGGACGAGCGACAGGACAUCGUGGUGGAGGAGGUGCCGAGGCUCGCCAAGGAAGCCGCCGCCAAGGCCAUCGAAGAGUGGGGCCGCGACAAGUCCGGCAUCACCCACUUGGUCUUCUGCUCCACCAGCGGCGUCGACAUGCCCGGCGCCGACUACCGCCUGGUCAAGCUCCUCGGUCUCCCCCUAUCCGUCAACCGCAUCAUGCUCUACAGCCAGGCCUGCCACAUCGGCGCCCAGAUGCUCCGCAUCGCCAAGGACAUCGCCGAGAACAAUAAGGACGCCCGUGUGCUCGUGGUGGCCUGCGAGCUCAACACGCUCAUCUUCCGAGGCCCAGACGAGCGCGACUUCCUGAGCCUCGCGGGCCAAGCCGCAUUUGCGGAUGGAGCAGCAGCGGUCAUCGUCGGCGCGGAUCCAAUCCAAGGCGUCGAGAAGCCCAUCUUCGAGAUGAUGUCUGCUUCACAGGUGACGGUACCGGACUGCGAAAGGGCGGUCGGAGGCCAUCUCAAGGAGAUCGGUCUCACCUUCCAUUUCAUGAACCAGCUCCCCAUGCUCAUCGCCAACAACUUGGAGAACUGCCUCCUGGAGGCGUUCAAGCCAUUAGGCAUCACCGACUGGAACGAGGUCUUCUGGGUCUCUCACCCGGGGAACUGGGGAAUCAUGGACGCCAUCGAGAGGAAGGUGGGGCUCAAGCAGGAGAAGCUCCGCUCGUCGAGGCACGUGUUCGGUGAGUACGGGAACAUGAUGAGCGCCACGGUUCUCUUCGUGAUGGACGAUGUGAGGAAGCGGUCGGCGGCGGAGGGGCGGGCGACAACCGGCGAUGGGUUGGAGUGGGGAGUGCUCUUCGGCUUUGGACCGGGCCUCAGCAUCGAGACCGUGGUGCUUCGCAGCGUCGCCCUCUAAUAGGGUUUCUCACCUCCAAAAUUAUCAAAAAAAAAUUUCUUCUUUCUUUUCGCAUUCUUUCCUAUUUGAAUUUGUAAGAGAAUAAUGUAAACUACAUAACGUUGUCGAUGCAUAUACCUUUUUCUUUUC